AUGUCUAACGACACUUUUGUAAUCAACAAGAAAGCUAAAGAAAAGCCGGGACAUAAAGUGAAUGUUGAUGAUGCCAUUGUAUUCUUACGUACAAGUAGUAACRGCACAGAAGGCACUGAAAAUGUUUUUGAGCUCAGCUUAAACCAGGCUGUUGUGGGUGGUGGUUCUAUUCACCAGAAUAAUAGUGAUGGUACAUCAGGACUUUCUACUAAUAGCAAACUUAAUAAAGUUACACAACUGACUGGAUUUUCCGAUCCAGUGUAUGCUGAGGCUUAUGUUCAUGUCAAUCAGUAUGAUAUUGUUUUGGAUGUAUUGAUUGUUAAUCAAACAGGUGAUACAUUACAAAAUUGUACGCUCGAGUUGGCCACAAUGGGAGAUCUGAAAUUGGUUGAAAAACCACAACCUGUUGUUUUGGCUCCUCACGAUUUCUGUAAUAUCAAAGCCAGUGUUAAAGUGGCAUCUACUGAAAAUGGCAUAAUCUUUGGAAACAUUGUGUAUGAUAUUGGUGGUGCAAUUGGUGAUCGAAAUGUGGUUGUAUUAGAUGACAUCCGUAUAGACAUAAUGGACUACAUAAUGCCUGCUGUAUGUAACGACUCUGAAUUCCGUCAAAUGUGGACUGAAUUUGAGUGGGAGAACAAAGUUUCUGUUUCUACCAGUUUGACAGACCUUAAUGAAUAUUUGGCGCAUUUAUUGAAAAGCACUAACAUGAAAUGUUUAACUCCAGAAAAAGCAUUGUCUGGACAGUGUGGAUUUAUGGCAGCAAAUUUAUACGCGAGGUCAAUAUUCGGCGAAGAUGCUCUUGCAAAUUUAAGUAUUGAAAAAGGAUUAGAUAAGCCUCAAGUCAUUGGACACAUUAGAAUUCGAGCUAAAAGUCAG